AUGGUUGUCCUCGUUGGUGGCGCCUUUCUUGAAGAGCCGCCACGCUCUGUCUCGUCCGUUCAGCUGGGCCCCCUCCUCCCCUUUCGGUUUGUGCAGGGAAUGAAGGACGGGCAUUCACAAAUCUUUGUAUACAUGAACUUUGUCGUUUCUGCUCUCGGAGGCUCACAAUUUACUCUCUCCGCUUGUAGGGAAAAGCCGAGCAUGACUGAUCGAUUGGACCACUUGAUGGAUUUCGUCGAUGGCAUGACGUUGGGUUAUCGUGAGGACGCACGUCAGCGUGAAUGCGUCGCUCCCGCUUCCCGCGUCGGCGGGCCAAGCGAAGUCGACGUCCGCGUAUCUAGUCACCGACUCGCAGCACUAGCUAAAAGCUCAACGUUCAACGCUUGUCUUCGGACUUCAACGAAUCGCUGUUUUAACAACCUCAGAGUGCGGCGCUGGAUCGAUGCACAUCGGUGGAUUUGGAAAAUCCUGACGGACAGCUUCUGCAUAGGCUCCCUCCCUCCUGGACCCAGAACGUCGACGACACAUGCCUUACAAUUUAACUCUUCCUAUACGAGCGUAGACUCCACAAUCAAGGAAUCCGCUCGCUUGCAAGUCAACGAGACUGCCAACCCGGAGGGAUUUGAGCCAACGUCUACAAUCACCUUGCAAACGAUCACCGAUCAUACGUUGACUGAGGAUCAUGAGUUGCAUAGGGGACUAUCUGCUCGUAUGAGCGAGUUGUAG